GUAUAACAAUAAAAGAAGAUGGAAAUGAUGUUUUAGAUAUAUGUUACACUGGACAAAAAUAAAAGUAGAAGGAUGUGGUAGGGGAAUAGGGAAAUGAACUGGAAUCAUGGCAAGAAGCAGAAGGAUGGUAAAGGGAAAUCAAUGGGAAGAAGUAGGAACAGAAAGUAAGGAAAUAAAAGGGAAGAAGGAACAAGAUGGAGAUAUAAGGAAAUGGAAGAGAAUGAGAAGAAAGCAAUAAGGAGAUAUAAGGAAAUGGAAGAGAAGGAAAAGGUAGCAAGAGGAGAUAUAAUGAAAUGGAAGGAAACCGAAGCAAGAAGAGAUAAGGAAAUGGAAGGGAAGGAGAAGGAAGCAAGAAGAGAUAUAAGAAAAGGAGAAGCAAGAAGAGCUAUAAGGAAAUGGAAGGGAAAGUGGAGAAGGAAAAAGGAGAGAUAUAAGGAAAUGGAAGGUAAGAAGGAGAAGGAAGCAAUCAGGAGAUAUAAGGAAAUGGAAGAGAAGGAAAAGAUAGCAAGAAGAGAUAUAAGGAAAUGGAAAGGAAGAAGAAGGGAAAAGGAGAGAUGUAAGGAAAUGGAAGGUAAUUACACUCAGGAGUGAGUACAGGACAGUAUUCCGUCAUUUGGGAAGAAUUUUGAGUCUUUUUCCCAAUAAGGGACAUCUCUCAAUAGUGGAC